GCCGUCCCCGCUCAGUGAGAUCCGCUCGGGACUUCUAAAAAAACUGCUUCUUGGACCUAAAUACUGAUGAUUUCUGCGUGCACUUUGUAAAUGCUGUGGGUAAAAGGGUAUUUUGGUGUAAUUUAGGAAUAUGCACACAGCCUAUCAAUCCAGGUCAUGAAGCAAGCCUAAGAAAUUUCCCAAAAGGAUGCGUUCCUGCCUGUGUUGAAAAUGAACCGGUCUAUUGAUUCCCCGACUGGCCUGACAGAGUUUGGUCCCCUCACUCCCGAUGAAAAGCCUCAGGGAUAUGGGUUCUCACUCGCCAAGCUCUUUACGAGAGCUAUACGAGGGGGAUCUUCGAAGCAGAGCAGCUCGUCAGAACACCAGCGGCAAGAUCAGCGUGAUCUCUUUGACAGUGGCGGACUGUCAGAGCACCAGGCUGUGUCACAGUCCAAUUCUGUUGUUGAUGGAGGGUCAGGUUGGCUAGAAAAGGGCAUGAAUGACUCGAUCAGCGAGUCAUCAGAAACAUCAUCCAUGACGUCGUCGGUGUCGUCCCUCGUCAUGAAACCUGCGUCAUCUGGCCAUGACAGAACACUCCCUAAUGUCCUCACGAGGAUCAGGAACAUCAUUGAUAACAGAGGAUCUACGCCCCAGCAGUAUAAGGACUCGGACUUUAAACAGUAUUGGCUGCCGGAUAGCGUGAGUCGCGAGUGCUAUGAGUGUGAAGAAAAGUUUACCACCUUCCGACGUCGGCACCAUUGCAGGGUGUGUGGCCAGAUCUUCUGCUCGCGAUGUUGCAACAGCAUGAUUCCUGGCAAGAUCAUUGGCUAUACAGGAGAGCUACGUGUGUGCACCUACUGUUGCAAAGUAGUGCUGUCAUAUUUGCAAUCGAACAACCUGGCAGCUGAUGUCCUGGCUGAUUUGCGAGCCCUGCAAGAGGAACUGCUGCCGCCGACCCCAGAGCAGUCUUGCAACGCUCAGCACCAUGACGCUGCCUUCAGUUCAAUGCCAGGCUGCAGCACCCCUUCAGCCACCCCCAGGGGUACUCUCCGGAGACGACCCUCUUUGGGAUUUCAGGAGGAGAAAUAUGCCGUUAGGACGAGGUACUCUAGUGGGGAUUUCCAGGUGUUUGGCGGCCAAAGGGACAGUGACCAGAUGACAGCAGAGAGGCAGCUUCUCCUGCGUGACUCCCAACAGCUGCAUUCCUUGUGGUCCCAGAUGGCUGGUGGUGUUGGGGGUCUUCCAUUGGCCUCCCACAGACACCGGCUAAAGUCUUUCCACAACUGUUUUGUCGGUCGUGAUCUCAUUGAAUGGCUUUUGGCAAAUGACAAAGCUUCCAGCAGGGCAUCAGCAGUUGCCAUUGGUCAGGCAUUGCUAGAAGCAGGAUAUGUAGUAUGCAUUUCACAACUGGAACAGGUCUUUGUAGAUGACUACGUGUUGUACCGUCCAAUGAGACCGAGUACAGGUGGGAGUGAACAGACUGCUCAGGAGGGCUUGAAUCGUGCACAAGAUGGAGGCCAGGAACCUUUAUGGGUGAAACAGAUUACUUCAAUGGCAGAGAGUAUUGAGGGAGAAGUAGAUUCUAAUGGCAGUAGCAAAGUCCACAAGGAAGAGCCAGCACACACUGUUGACACACCUACCUCCAUCACCUCUUCUACCUCCAACUAUUGCCUGGACCUCAAUGUAAAAGACAAUGUUGUGUCCAUGAGGAAGCCUCCAAAUGUCUCAAGGCAUGGCAGUCCUGAGAAUGACCAGGUGGAUGCACGAAGUCCUGGAAUGGCAUCUACUUCUGGGCAAGUGCCAUACUCAACGACAGUAUCUGCCGUUCUCAGUUUCAAUGCCCAACUUCCUUUCUCAGGAGAUGUAAUGAACUCAGCAGCUGUUAUGUCAGAUGAAGUGUUACAGGCACUAAGGGGACAUGAUAGCAGUCAGCCCUAUCCUAGGUUGUCUGGCUGGACGCAGGAGGAGAAACUCACACAGAAUGAUGAAGAAUUUCUAAUGCAACAGAGAUUAAAUGCAAUGUGGAACGCCCAUGAGACAGCCUUACUCUGCCAGCUCCUCGACUCGGGUGGCCUGUCCCCCUCGUGGGCUGAGGUGAUCCUCCCGAUUGUUCACACUGUCACCGACAUCAUAAGGCCCGAUGUCAAGAACGAUAGUGAUGACAUGGAUAUCAGGCAAUACGUUCAGUUCAAGAAAGUUCCAGGAGGCAGCAGAGGCGAGUGCCAGAUCCUGAAUGGGGCCGUCUGCACCAAGAACGUCGCUGACAGGUCCAUGGCCACUCGCCUCACUGACCCCCAGAUUCUCCUCGUGGCGUCGACCAUUGACUACCAGCGAGGGAAUGAUAAUAAGCUCUUGGCAUUGGACAACUUGCUGCUUCAGGAAGCGGACUAUCUAAAAAAUGUUGUGGCCAAGAUCGUUUCUUACAAACCAGACAUAAUACUUGUGGAGAAAAGCAUUGCCUUCUUAGCACGAGAGUACCUCCAGGCUCAUGGCAUUACACUGGUGAUGAAUGUGAAACCCUCAGUAAUGGAGCGUGUUGCAAGAUGCACUCAAGCAGAAGUUGUCUCCUCAAUUGAUGCUCAGCUAACACGACCAACAUUGGGCAUGUGCCACAAUUUUUACACAAGAUCUUAUCCAAUGCCUGGAAAGAACAAGCAGAAGACUCUGAUGUUCUUUGAUGGUUGUGCCAUGCACCUGGGAUGUACAAUCAUACUACGAGGAGCGACCAAUGCAGAGCUGAAACGAGUGAAAAGGAUAAUGUACUUCAUGGUUUAUGCAGUGUAUAACUGGAGACUUGAAAGAGCCUUCUUGAUGGAUGAAUAUACACUCAUCCCACCCCUUCCAUCGGAGAGCUUUGACCUCGAAGAUCAGGUGUUCGAGGAAGACCUGAAGACAGGUCCCAAAGCUGGGAGUUUAGAUCUGGAACCUGUGACAAAAAACUCGAAGUCCAGUGCUAAAAAGGAAGAUGGAGAAGCUGCUUCUGCAGAACAAGGUGCUACUAACAGAUCAAGGUCAUUAAAUUCCCAGAGGGACCCUGUGUCAAGUUCGGGAGAAGUGUCGGUGUCAUCGAGUGGAACAUCAGACAAAGCAAAAUUAUCACAGACAAUUAGUGACUUUAGUGAUCCUCUUCACUCUUACCUAAACUCAGGAACAUCACCGCAAGAGGCACCACUGGACUCCACACACACCUCUCUCUCAGUCACUGAGUUCUCCAACACUUUCCGCAAAGCUCUUGAGGACACAAUUUUCUCCUGUUCACCAUAUCUCAAGUACACUGUUCCCUUCUUUGAGACAGAAGCUGGGAGGAACUGCAUCUUGCGCAAGUAUUUCCAGAAGGACUUGUACUUCUCUGUGCUACUGGAGAAGGACAAGUUCACACGAAAGCCACGUUUUUCGGAGAUGGAGAUUAAGGAAUCAAAAGAUGAAAACCAAAAUGUGGAGGUGAAGUCCGCUCACGAAUUCACAAAGAUGAAGAUGACCACAGCAAUAUCCGAUAAGGAUGUGAGAGCGAUGUUAGCCGAUUUCAGGGCACGCGGAGGCCAGAGGAGAAAUAUAUGCAAGUGUGAAAUGACAAAGAAGGAAUUGAAGGAUCGCAAGCAUUACCAGCUAUCAAUAGACAAAGACAUUGAUGCCAAAGUUGUGGUUGAAGGCUUGUCCUCGGAUGCUCUAGGUUCAGUAAAUACAGCAACAAAUAAUGCCAAAAACACCGUAAGUGACUUCUGGAGUGGACAGAGUGGGCUGAUGUUGACCUCUGAUGGAAGGGUGGAUGCACUUCAUCCGUUCAAUCAUCAGCGGCUGUCUAUUUUGUUCUCAAGUUAUUCCCAGGCUUCUGAGUCUCCUCCAGCAUUUUGUGUUAACCCAUGGGUCUUGACCAUGGAUUUCUACGGGAGGAAUGACAUCCCACUCGGUGCCUUCCUGGAGCGUUACUGCUUCAGCCUGACUUACACCUGUCCGUCCAGCGAGUGUUCAGUGGCUGUGGUCGAUCACAUCCGCAAGUUUGUCCACGACACAGGCUGUGUGGAAGUACUCCUCCGACGCCUUGACACCAAUUUGGAUGACACGAAUGCCGGGACAAUCCUCAUGUGGAGCUGGUGUAAGACCUGUCGGGAGGUAACCCCUAUGGUGCCAAUCUCUUUGGAAACCUGGUCCCUAUCCUUCGCCAAGUACCUGGAGCUGCGAUUCUAUGGUGGGAGCUUUAACAGGAGAGGAACGCAAGGGUGCACACACUCCCUGCACCACGAUCACUUCCAGUACUUUGGCUACAAGAACCAAGUGGCAGUGUUCAAGUACAAUAACAUAACUUUACGAGAAGUUGCUCUGCCACCAUCCAAGAUGAGCUUGUGCAUCCCACCAAUCACUCAAGCCUCAGUUGUAGAGCUCAUCAAAGGUGUAGCUAUGCAGGGGUACUCUGCUUUUUCCACAAUCUUGGAACGUGUGACUUCGAUGUCAUCUGAGUGUGGAAGCCGAUGGGAACCUCUUCUGAUUGAAAUCAAUAAAAUUAGUGAACACCAGAAUGGCCAAAGAGCAUUGUUUCGUGAAAAAAUUGAAAGCAUACAGCUUCAGUUAACAUCACCGACUUUGGAAGCUCGUCGACUGCACCCACCAACCCCAAAUACUACCCAGGAAGUUACAGCCACCAUGCUUGCCAUCACUGAUCAAGUUGUUCUUAUCAAGAAACUUGUUGCUCAAGUGGUUAGUGACUGGAAUGCAAAGGUUCAAGAUCUCUUGCACCUUCGCAAAAAGGAGGAGAAAUUAGAGAAAGCAAAGGUUAUGGCGUCAGCUAGUAGCGGAAUGCCAGGAUUGCCACGACAGUCCACGAGUGCAUCCAUCUCAACUUCCUCUGCAGCCUCUGCUCAUGCAACAUCAUCAACUGGAGAAAUGUUCAGUGCCCCUUCACAUAAGCAAGGUUGUGAUACUGCAUCAGUUGCAUCAUCAGCAGCUCUGACUGGUGUUUCUGCAGAUUCCCUAAGUCUUUCAGCAUCCUUUAGUGAACUGCCAGGACAAGAUGGACAAAAAGCUGAUGGUUGUGACGAUGAGGUUGACGCUGGGGGUGCUGGCAAUGGUGAAUCAUCUGAUAGUCCUCAAGCAGCUGAAACACAAGAAACGAGAAAAAAUGCUGAGGAGUCAAAGGAAAAUGUUCAAAAGGCACUAGGAAAAGCAUACGUCACGCCCACUGUCUCGUGCCUCAUGGAUGAGAGGGAUCACACCCUUCUGGCACUGGCUGCUCUCACUACAAGCACUCUGUCUCCACCAGCAUCAGGCAGCAGUGCAUUGUCCUUGUCAUCUGCCUCCAGCGAGAUCCUGAACAGCUGGGAGAACGAGAGUGAUGUAAGUGGAGGCCUUCAAGCUGUCCUGCCAAACCAGCUCACUGAAGCCUUCUCGGUUCUCCAUCGUAGGCAAGCUUCCGACACUUGUGAUGGGAUGAUUGCUGGUUGUUCUUCGACCUCUGGUUCUCCUGGCCGAGGUCAUGAAAGGUCACUCUCUGAUGGAGGUCAGACAGGGAUUAUCAAAGAAGGCAUAGAUGUCAUUGGUGAACGUAGGCUUGCUGCAACGGCUGUGAAGAAUAUUAUCUCAACCUUUUGGUCGUCAUCAGCUAAUCUGAUGGUUGAGUCCCCCUUCGGUCCAAAUGAACACUACCUCUUGUUGCCAGAGGUGAAAAUCCCGGUAGUUGUGUAUGGUGAUGAACCAUCUUCCAUCAUUGCUCAUGCACUGGCAUCUCAAGAGUAUGACCGCCAGCUUGGGGCACUCAAAAAGAGACUAAAGGACAUGCAGAAAGAGGGAAUGAACAUGAGAUCAAGUGACAAAGAACCCCAGCUGUCACAGGAGGACUACGAUAGCUCAGCCAAUGAAGAGUCAGAAUUCUGCGUAUCAGCGGCCACCACGGACUCGGAGAAGAACAAGUCGGCCAAAGACUUCCACAUUGAACUGCAGUGGAAUGAUCAGCAUGCCAAGUUUUACUGCAAGAUCUUCUUUGCUGAGCAUUUCCGGCAAUUGCGGAAGAUGGUUUUCCCUUUUGGAGAGGAGUUCUACAUAAGGUCUCUUAGCCGCUGCAUUGCUUGGGAAGCACGGGGGGGAAAAUCGGGAUCUGUCUUCUGCAAAUCACAUGAUGAUCGUUUUAUCUUGAAGGAGAUGUCGCGGCUCGAAAUGAUUUCCUUCCUUGACUUUGGUCCAGCCUAUGUGCAGUACAUUGUUAACUGUGAAAAGGAGCAACAGCCGACAGUGCUAACAAGGAUUGUCGGUGUUUAUCGCAUUGGAUACAAGAACACCACUACCAACAAAGCUCAGAGAAUGGACGUGUUAGUGAUGGAGAAUUUGUUCUAUCAGCGUAACAUAACUCACAAGUUCGACUUGAAGGGAUCUAUCCGAAACAGGCUUGUGAACACUUCGGGUAAAGAGGAGUCAGAACUGGUUUUGCUUGAUGAGAAUUUACUCCGGAUGGCCUGUUCAUCGCCGCUGCAUGUGCGUCCUCACAGCAAAACUGUUUUAAGCAGAGCCAUUGCAGCAGACACUGUGUUCCUCUCUCAGCAGCUUAUCAUGGACUACUCUCUUCUUGUUGGCAUUGAUAGCACUGCGAACCAGCUUGUUGUCGGCAUUAUCGAUUAUAUCCGGACAUUCACAUGGGACAAGAAGCUUGAGACCAUCAUCAAGGGCAGCGUCCUAGCAGGCGGCGCUGGCAAGCUCCCGACUGUCGUGUCGCCAGAGGUGUACCGAACACGCUUCUGCCAUGCCAUGGACCGAUACUUCCUACUCACCCCUGACAGGUGGACGGGGCUAGGACUGGGGAUAGAUCCCUGAUCAAUUUAUUCCAAUGUAUGUCAGAUAGUGUGUGUGGGUGUUAUGUUAUGGUUCUCCUUCAGUAAAUAUGCUAAGAGUGUCCCUGAUGCUCUAACGUUACAUCUAAUUUGAUGAAGGUACUCUUUAUGAUCCCUAUGUGUGCUAUUCUCUCUACUUAUUUCGGGGCAUCCUUAUUAUAGUAGAAGAGAAAUAAAUAUAUGAUUAAACAAUAUUAUCAGUAUCUCUGUGAAUACAAUAAGCAAAGCUUAUUUUUUUUUUGGCAUAACAUUUGCUGAUUUAGAAUUUAUCCUGCAUUAGAAUGUAUGAAAAUAUAUUUUAUCAGAUUAUGUCAUUAAAUUAUUAGUAAAAAAAUAAUGUUACAUUUAACAAUGCUCUUAAGAUUGUAGAGUGCAGUUUGGUGCCUUGUUUUAUUAUAUCUUAUAAUACCUGAUGUUGCAUUUAAUCAUUUUUGUUAUCAUUCAUAGAUUAAAAGUUCUUCCAGGAAUUAGUGAGCUUCUAAAGGCAGAAUGCACAAAAGGAACUGUAAUUCUAGGAUGAUGUAGAAAUUAUUAUUUAGAAUAAUGGUAGCAAGUAAUGAUAUGAAAAAAAGUAUUUAUAUAUGAGUCAGUGAAUUUGAUUUAAAAAAAGAAAGGUAAAUGAGGUGUAACAGAAAUCUUAAUAUUGGCAUCCUGUGAACAGAUUUUACACAUUGGAUUAUAUUUGUCUAAUUCUGCGUUUUUGUAUUUUAGAAAUGUAUUUAUAAAGGAAAAUUUCUACUAUUUUGUUCUUUGUUGCUUGUUACAGAUACCUUUUAAAUGCCCAUCAUGAAGUUGCUAAGGCAUUUCUAGGGUAUCUGAAGUAAGUGAUGAAAACGGAAUACCAUAUUUAUUUAUAGCUGUAGAUGGUUUCAAGGUUCCGACACAAUUUGAAUAACAUUUUUCUUUUUUUUUGGUCCAAACAAAACAGUGGGUCUUCUUGGGCUGGAGAUAACCAUGUAUUUCAAGUUUUUUUUUCCUAAGGAUAGUAGCAUGUGUGUACAUAUGUCAUUUGCUUUCAGAAUAGAUCUUCACAAACGUAAAUAGAGGAACACACCAUAUUAAGAAGCCUGGUGUAUAUAGUGUGAUAAUAAUGAUCAUGUGUUUCUUGAUUGUUUCUUUAUUUACAUAGUGAAACAUUGGUAAUUUUCGUGGUAAGUUGUUACUGAUUAUUUUUUUAAAAUAUAUCAGAUCUGGUAUGUGAAUUUUUUGCAAAUAACUUAGUGUUUUGUAAUGAAUAUAAGAAAGCUCCAUAUGCUUUUUGAAAUAGAAUAUGAAAGGGAUCUUAAAACUUGUCAGCCAUUAUUACUUCGUACAGAUUAGUUAUUCAUUACUAUAUCAGUAAUUAUAUAUAUAUCCCUAUAUUUGAUGUAGUUUUGAGCAUGAUUGGCUAUCGAAGUUGAGGAUGAUAUGUUUUUAUUAUGUGGGAUUAUAUGGCAGAAAAUGAUGCAGUUAGUAAUGAAUACUUGCCAGGAAUAUGACCUAAAUGAAAUGAAAAAAAACAAUAACACGCUUUUCUGCCAAAUAUUGAAGUCUCUUUUAUAUUUUGGCUGGUAAUUAGUUUAAUGCAAAAGUUGCGGUGAUACACUCAUUUGGCAAUAAUAGAGUUUGACUGCAAAGGAAUGUGAUGUGUAGUUGUUUUCACUCUUUUUCUUUUUUUUUUUCCUUUUAUGAAAGAUUGAAUGCUUCUUGGUGAAUGGUGUUAAGUGUGCUGGUUUUGUAAAAGCAACUGGGCUAGUAUUUGCCUGAUCAUUCUUUCUCAUACUUUACAAAUUUAGCAUUAAGGUUCUAAAUAAUCUAUGAAUGCAUUGGGUGAAGAUAUGGUAAUAUACCAUUUUUAUUUGUAAAUCAUGGUUUGGAAAAAUUACUAUUUUUGUUGAGGUUUUAUACAUGUUUGUUUUUUUAAGGUUAGAUUUAUUAUUUUUUUCUUUUAGGUUAUGUAGUGAGAAAGUAUAAUGGUUAUAACCAUGACUUGUUAUUACCUUUAAUUGGUGAGGUUGAAAAACCACUUGAUAUAAUUUUCCAGAAUAUUUUUGACAGGGAUAUUAAAUAAGUCACACAUGGAGAGCUCCUUAACACGCUUAGGUAAAAAAUUGUUAGUCCACAAUGCAUUUUAUUUUAUUUUAUUUUUUUUGUUAUUGAUUACCUGCUUGCCUAUCAGUCUCACCCACGGCAGAGAAGGUUGGGACGGCACUUGGUUACUUGAUCAAAAUCAAUUUUGAAGCAAAGCUUGUCUUUAAGUUGUUUAGAACAUAUGAGUGGUCCAGUAAAUCAUGCAAAUAUAGAAAUUGUAUACAUAUAUAGGGUAGUUUAGUGAAUAUUUUUACAAGGAUACUGCCCAACCUCCCAUCUGUUGCUUAGAAGAUUGUGUUAGAGGAUUGCCUGAAGUCAGUUAACCCAGUGCCGACGGGCAUGACGUGUAUGUACGUGCCAUGCCCACUGUGAGUUACUUGUUUGAUUGUUUUUACACAUAGAUGGCUGCACUUGUACUAAGUCACCAAUGAGCCAAUUACGAGUGCUGCCUGUCUUGCCUGUUUAUCCUUUUCUUUAAUUUACAAAAAUAUUUUAUGUUAUCUUAGUUUGCUGUUACUAAUGUUUAUAAACAUUAUAGUAAUUAUAAUGUUUAUAAUAAAAAUAACACCAUUGAUAUUCAUAACACUAGUAAAAAAUACAUUUUACCUGCCAACUCAAGGAAAGGGGAAAUCAGGUAAGAUCACAAGUCUACUAAUUGACUCCUUUGUGGCUAAGCACUAGCAGAGCCAUCUAUGUGCAGAGACAUUUCACAAAAAAUAUAAAAAAAUGAGCACAGCAUUUUCCCCAUUUUUUAUUCAUUUUCCCCGGCGGCAUUGAGUUAAGAUGUUGUUGCUAACCCAACCUUAAAGGGCCAUCAUUGUGUCUUCCCUGGCUUAUUAUCCCUUCUGUAUAUUUCUGUGUUUAUUGGUAUCUGUAUAUAUUUGCUGCAGUGAAUGGCUAAGUUAUUGUUAUAUUUGCGGUGCCCUCCUGAAUCAUUUUUUCUGGUGCCGGUGAUGUAGAAAUUUCAUGAAUGCGUCCAUGUAUUCUAAUUUAUUUCCCAAAGGGUGUACAUUGUCUGUUUUCUAUUAAUUUGUUAUUAGGAGUUUCAAGUUAUACACAUUUUUGUCGAGAAAGAAAGCAUUUCAGAAUUGUAUUUAUUUGUCACUAAGUGAAAUGUGUGAAGUACAUGUGAAUAAUAUUAGGGUGAUAUAUUAGAAAAAAAAGAUUAUUGACAGAGAUUGUAACAUACUUGAUUUUGUAAAAGUCGAUGAUAUAGUUUAUGAAGAUAUAUAUUCAGUUUAAUGGUCUACUUAUGUUUGAAGGCACUACAUCCUUGUAAGUAUGUAAUGAUCCAGAUGAAUUUUACUAGCCCAAACCACUUCUGUUUUAUUAUGAUUUGUAGAGUGAUUUUUAUUAAUUCAUUGAAUUAUGCAGCCCCUUGAAAGAAAGGGAAAGAGAGAUUAUUUUUUUAUAUAAACAAAGUAAGAGGCAGGUGUACAGAUUCAUCUAUUUCGAACAUAAAUUCAACCACAGGAAUGAUGCCCAAAGCUGUUAGAAUUCUUGUAGUCUUUUUAAUAUAUAUGAUUUUUGUAUUGGUACAUUAUGUAUCUUUGAGUACACUAGUGUUGAUAUUUUUUUGUCUUUUUUAUUUAGAUUUUGUCUGUGUUAUGCAUAGGAAUUUGAAUAACUGUUUAAUUGUGGUUGGAAGAACAGUAGCAUCUAUUCAUGUAUUUUCGUUUCUUAUGAAAAUCUGGACAACAUUUCAGAUCUGACUAAAUUAUUUACAAUAGACAGCCUCUCACCCAGUUCAUUAAUUAUCUUACUGUCGUUCCACUUGGUCUUUGUACCUUGCAAAUGUUAUGUGGACUUUUUACCUCAGAGUCUCGGCUUCUUAUGUUUCACACAGAAUUUUUCAUGAUUGAUUUUGUAAUUAAUAUAAUUUUUUUUUCACAGCUCUUUCUUUUUUACCAGUUUUCCUUUCUGUUUUGUUAUUGUUGUUUUUGUUUUGUUUCUUGUUUAUUUUAUUUUCUAUUUGUUUUUCUUCUUUUUUUUUCUCCUGCCUUUCUUCUUCUUGCACAAUUCCUUUUCUACCUGUCUUCCUUUCUCUUUUUCUCUCAUUAUUUUAAUUUUUUUUCUCUUUACUACCUGUUUUCCCCUUUUUUCCUGGCUCUCUUUCUUCUGUACCUGUUUUACUUUCUCCUUUUCUCCGGUCUUCUUUUUCUUGUUCUUUUUUUUUCCUACCAGUUUUUCUUUCUCUCACUCUCUUGUCUUUUUUCUUUCUCUCUCUCUCUCUUGUCUUUUUUCUUUCUCUCUUUCCUUUCUAACAGUUAUCUUUUGUCUUCUUGUUCUAUCUUUUACUUGCUGUUUUCUCAUAUUUUUUUUUUUUUUUUUGUAUUACAUUAUAUCCAUUUCUGAAGUGUGAAUGUUUAGUGUGAAGAAAAUAUCAUGAAAGUGUAUUUAUCUCCAUCAUGGGCUUGCAUGUAAAAUUAUGAUGAAUACCAGUUGGUUGAGCUUAAAAAUUUCCCAAUAUAGUAUUCUUUCCUAUGUUCAGUACUGUGAUAGACAAGACCAAAGUAUGAGUGUAACAGUUACUUAGUAGUUAUUGUACGUCUUGAUAGAAGACUAGUAAUAAACAUCUUUAGCUUU